AUGUCAUGCAUAGAUGUUCUUCAGCCUCCAGCUCAUAUGGGAAUGCUUUUCUACUACCGGGCCAAUGGUGAAAACCUUGUAGAAGAUACUUUCCAAAGGCUACGCCUUUUGGAGGAGUCGCUUUUGGAAACCCUAGCGGUCUUCUACCCGCUAGCUGGUCGGUAUGUCGAAGAAGGGCACUUUAUUGACUGUAACGACCAAGGAGUAGAAUUUGUGCACACCAAAGUGUAUGGCCAGCUUGAUCAGCUCCUCCAGGGAGACUGGAGGAGCUGCGACAUGGACCUGCAUGGCCGUUUGUCUGAGUUCCCACUGGGACUAGCCGGCAAUUCCCUAGUCCUGAUUCAAGCGAACGUGCUCGAGUGUGGGGGACUCGUGAUCAGCCUGCACUUAACACACAAGUUAGGCGACGCAUGCACCAUGACAACACUUAUGAACUCAUGGGCUACCGCACGCACAAGAGGAAUCCAUGAAUUAGCCUCGCCACAUUUCGAGCUGUCCUCUCUAUUCCCAGUGAUGGGGCCGGUGCAAACUCAAUGGCUUCCAAGCCCUGGUGGAGUGAAAUUCACGCUGAAUCGGUUCAUAUUCAGCGGUGCAGCCCUUUCAGGACUAAAACUAGCUGUGGCUAAACAUGCGUGCAUCGCGAGGGUGGAGGGUGCCUUCGGUAACUUCUAUACCAUGAUCGUUGCUCGACACUCGAUGGAUCAGAACAACCUGAGUUUCAAAGCUUUUGUGGAGGUGAUCCAUGAAAUGUUUUCAAGUGCCAAGACAAGGUUUGGGGCGAUAGCCGAUAGGGAGUUUGUGCAUGGAUAUGGUAAAGGAUUCUGCAGCAAGACAAGCCCAGGGAAGGGUUCGCAGUGA